GCGACAUGACGCGGAACAGUCAUGUAUAAUACCAAAAUAUAAUGCUAUGGCGCGACGUUGCGAUAUUUCUGUAACAAAUAUUUAUAUAUUCACUACUUUUUGUGGAUUUAGCUACGAUUAUUGAUAGGCGAAUGAUGAAUUCGUUCAUGUUUUUCCGGUGGCGUUAGUAACUUCACUGGGCAGUCUGUUGUUUUGGUCAACGCUCAACAGAUUUGAGCAUUUUUAAUUCGGUCAUCGGGUUCAAAUAUGGACCCGAAGCACAAACAACUGCUCCGAUCUCAGCGGCUCCAGUUGGCCAAUGAGCUUUUAGUGGACGACAUGAUCAUUCAGUAUUUAUACCAGGAGGAGAUUUUAACAGAGAGUAAUUUAGAGGAUAUUCACAGUGAAUCAUCUAACAGAAAGAAAGUGUUGAAGCUGCUGGAUAUUCUGCCCACGCGCGGUCCGCACGCGUUCCAUCACUUUAUACAUUCAUUAGAGAAAGAGUUUCCCUGGAUCAAAGACACGUUACUGCAGCGACUGUGUGCGGAAGACAGCGAGUCUCCUCCGCACUUCACAGUUCAGUGUGGUGUACCUGACCACAUCCUUCCGACAGUUCCUACCACGAUGCAUCUCAACCAGCUGGCUGCUCGUCUUGGCCCUGAAUGGAGGUCUGUCCUGCUAGACCUGGGUCUCUCCUCUGCAGAUCUGUACCGGUGUUGUGUUGACCACCAACUCGCAGUUCAGAGUCAGGUGCUUGCCGGCCUGGUGAUGUGGACGCAGAGGAACGGAAGAGAAGCUACCGUGCAGCGGCUGCUACAGAGCCUGAAGUCCGCAGACGUUCCACCAUCUGUUAUUCAACAGGUGUUUGCAUGAGCUCAUGGUGCAGGGUACACUUGAGUAGUGUUUUGGUGGUCGUAACAAAUCAAAACACUUGACAAACAGACAUUGCAGGAAGAGAAUCGCAUCGUGUCCUUGUGUGACUCUCUGCCAUAUAUAAAAAAUGUAAACACUGGAACACUGACAUACAUGCAUUAUGACUACAUUGAUUUAAUCAUUAGCCACCUGUUUUUUCAUUUCAUGUGUAGCUUUUAAAAUACAAACUAUAAUAAAAGUUUUCCUAAUUAUGCUUCCAAAUGUUUUCCUUUUAUUACUUUUGAAUGAAGAUUGAUUACUAGGGCUGUCAGUCGAUUAAAAUUACAUGAAAUGCCAACAAAUUAAUCACAUUUAUAACUAUUUGCUGAGAAAGGCCCUCAAAUAAUAAUAAUUCAAUAUAUUAUAUAAUAAAUUAUAAAUAGAUAUAUUUAUAUAAUAUUUCAACUUCAUAAAAAGAUUAUAUCAAAUUGAAUUGUGUAAUGUGGAACAUUAAAUUAAUAAAACAUAUCAGGUAUAAAUGGGUAACAACUGCACAUUUUCACUUUUUAGUGCAUGUUGCUAGCAAAGCCAGAAAUAAGAAUUCUGCUCUUGUUGGACAAUAUUUUCUAUUAUGAGUUUGUAAAACUAGAAAUGCUUGAUAACAUUAAACAUUAAUUGGAAAACAUACAUUCACGGAGAAGGACACAUUGUAAUUUCUUUUGUAAACACUCUUCCUGU